AUGAUCACUGCAAAUAUAUAUUGUGAAAGCGAAUGUAUUACAUUUACAUCAAAAGGUUCAGAUAUAAAAGAUGAUUAUAUAAAACAAGAAUAUCAAGAAGAGGUUAUAGGUGGACCUUUUCAUUCGAUGAUCAAAGAAAUACUUUCGAUACAAGAGUUGACCAAUAAAGAGUUAACUGUUUUUGUAAAUAAAGAUAAAGAAACAAAGAUGCAACAACAAGCUUCAGAAAAAGUUACCUCAUUAAAGAGAAACUUGGAAGAAUUGUAUUCUUUAUCCUACACUUAG